AUGGCUAACGUCAAUACUAAUGAAGAAUAUAUCAGUGAUUCUUCGUCAGACUUUACAGAGUAUUGGAUAGAUUUAUUCUUGGGAAUAAAAGGAAAUGAAUACUUCUGUGAUAUUGACGAAGAAUAUAUCCGUGAUAGGUUUAAUUUAACUGGAUUGAACCAGGAAGUCAGCAAAUUGCCUACUUUGAUUGAUAUAAUAACAGAUUUGGUGGAUAUAGAACAGCAACCAGAGGAACAUAAGGAUGCUUUGGAACUCAACGCUAGAAUAUUAUACGGGUUGAUUCAUGCCAGAUAUAUAUUGACAUCAAGAGGCUUGAACAAGAUGUUCGAAAAGUACAGAAAUGGAGACUUUGGAUAUUGUCCUAGGGUUCACUGUCAAUUACACCCUUUGUUGCCCGUUGGGUUGAACGACCAACCCAGAUUAGCCUCAGUAAAGUUGUACUGCGCUAAAUGUGAGGACUUGUAUAACCCUAAAUCUGGAAGACACUCGGUAGUAGAUGGAGCCUACUUUGGUACAUCGUUUCCUGCGAUGUUUUUCCAGAAUUUCCCCCAAGUAAUACCUACACAUGUCAAAGAAACAUACGUGCCAAAGGUGUUUGGCUUCAAAUUGCACGAUUACUCCAAGUUAAACAGAUGGCGUGAAUUACAAAGAGUUAAAUUGGAGAAGAGGUUAGCAAAAGAUGGUAUCAAAAUAGAAAACGUUGUGGGAGGGUUUAUCUCUAAUAAAAAUACUGAAAAAAAGGAAACCGAGACUUAA